AUGGAGGCACAACAAGGUUCUGCGGAAGCUAGUAGAAAGAGGAGAUGUAUGAAACAACAACCAUACACCAACUUUGUAAGAUCUGGAGAGUCAGGCAGCAAAACAACAGCAAACCAGGGAGGAAUACUGGAUGGAGCUCAGAACUGGGAGAUUCGGUUUGACAUGGCACAAAGACUGUUUUUUCCAGAGAUCGACCAAACCAACCUUCGUCCAGAUAUUCUACUCUGGUCACAGCAAGGGAAGAGAAUGAUAAUAAUUGAGCUGACUGUCUCCUGGGAGUAUCGGUGUCAAGAGGCAUACGAGCGGAAAAGAGAGAAGUACGCCAACCUUGCUGAUGACGUUAGAGCGAAAGGGUGGUGUGUGUGGGUAAUGCCAGAGGAUUCCCUGCACAGUCCAUGUAGAAGAUGUAUGAUACUUUAG